CUCGACUUUCACCAUUGUUGAACAAGUUACCCUCCCCACUCCUGGCUAUUUAUAUUUGAAAGUCUUGGUGAGACUGGGCCAGUCAUAGACUUGUUGAUUCCUUCUGUCUCGUCCUGAGUAUCUACUCGAGUCACCUAUCCCACACUCCCCACCAUGCCCACCAUUUCGGUCGAUAAGGCCGCGCUCUUCAAGGAGCUCGGGCGCGACUAUACCACUGAGGAAUUUGACGAGUUGUGCUUCGAAUUCGGUAUCGAACUGGACGAAGAUACAACGAACUCGGAUCGCCCGAUUGUCGAUGGAAAGCAGGAGCCGCCCCAGUUGAAGAUCGAGAUCCCCGCCAACCGAUAUGACCUGCUGUGCUUCGAGGGCAUUUCCCUCAUGCUGAACAUCUUCCUGGGUCGGAAACCCUUGCCGAACUACCGGUUGACCCAGCCGGCGCAGAUGGAAAAGAUCAUUGUCAAGGAAAACACCAUGAAAAUCCGGCCUCUCGUUUCUGGUGCGGUUCUGCGAAACAUCACCUUCACCCAGGCGGGCUACGAAUCCUUCAUCGCUCUGCAAGACAAGCUGCAUCAAAACCUCGCGAGACAGAGAACCUUGGUCUCGAUCGGCACCCACGAUCUGGAUACGAUAAAGGGUCCUUUCACCUACGAUGCCCUUCCCCCGAAGGAUAUCAAGUUCGUCCCGCUCAACCAGACCAAGGAAUUGGACGGCGAGGAGUUGAUGGCCUUUUACGAGAAAGACAGGCAUCUGGGCAAGUUCCUUCACAUUAUUCGCGACUCGCCAGUCUAUCCGGUAAUUCACGAUGCGAACCAGACUGUCUGCUCUCUUCCGCCUAUCAUCAACGGCGACCAUUCGAAGAUCAGCGUCAACACCAAGAAUGUGUUCAUUGAGAUCACGGCCCUUGACAAGACCAAGGUGGAGAUUGUGAACAGAAUCCUGGUGUCGAUGUUCUCCCAGCAUGUUGCUGAGCCCUUCACGGUUGAGCCGAUCCAAAUUGUCUCCGAUCACAACAACGAGACCCGAGUCUCGCCAGACAUGUCCCCUCGCACCGCUCAAGCGGAGGUUUCCUACAUCAACGAGUGCUGUGGCCUCGAGCUCGGCCCCGCCGAGGUCUGCGAGCUUUUGAAGAAGAUGGCGUACGACGCCCAACCGUCGGCUUCUUCACCCGAUAUGAUCGACGUGUUCAUCCCUCCGACCCGCGCCGACGUGCUUCAUCAGGCCGACAUCAUGGAGGACGUCGCGAUCGCCUACGGAUUCAACAACCUCCCGCGAUCCUUCCCCAGCAAAUCCGGCACGGUCGCGCAGCCCCUCCCGAUUAACAAGCUCACGGAUAUUGUGCGCAUGGAAGCCGCCAUGGCCGGCUGGUCGGAGGUCAUGCCUCUGAUCCUGUGCUCGCACGACGAGAACUUCGGCUGGCUGAACCGCAAGGACGACGGCAACACGGCGGUCAAGCUAUCCAACCCCAAGACGCUGGAAUUCCAGGUGGUGCGCACGAGCCUGCUGCCGGGCCUUCUGAAGACGAUUCGCGAAAACAAGCACCACUCGUUGCCGAUGAAGAUCUUCGAAGUCAGCGACGUGGCGUACAAGGACCUCUCCCUGGAGCGGAAGAGCCGCAACGAGCGCCACUUCGCGGCCGCGUGGUGCGGCAAGACCAGCGGCUUCGAAGUCGUCCACGGCCUCCUGGACCGCAUCAUGGCCAUGCUCAAGAGCGCCUUCAUCACCGGCGAAGAGGGCCUGGAGAACCCCGCCGUCAGCGACUCGCACUACUGGAUCGAGGAGCUCGAGGAAGCCACGUACUUCCCCGGCCACGCCGCAGCCGUCAAGCUCCGCAUCGGCGGCAAGGUGCAAACCAUCGGCGCCUUCGGUAUCCUGCAUCCCUCGGUGCUCGAAAACUACGAACUGAAAUACCCCGUCAGCACACUGGAGAUCAACAUCGAGACUUUCCUGUGAGCUUAGCUCAGUUAGACUUACUAGUUAACCAGUUAGUUUGGCAUAGAUUUAAGUUAAGUUAGAAAAAGAAGGGAUGAUGAUGUGAUGCGAGAACUAGCCUAAAAGAACAUAAAAGCAAAAAAUGUCAAUUUACGAAUGC